GGCGGACUUUUAAUGUCUUACUUAGUGUGUCAUUGAUUUGAAGCAUUUUAGUGUCUCAAAAUACUCUAAUUUACUCAAGAAACUAAUAUUGUAAGAUUUAAGAUGUUUAGAUAUCUUCAUACCCUGAGCUACCUAAAGGUUAUUUCCCCGGACCCAAUAAUAUUAUUAUGACUCUAAUUAAACAUAUACCUCAAAAUUUCUCACUAGGAAGCCCUCGAUAGUGCAAAGUAUGCUCUAAAAUAAUUGUUUUUGUCUAGCUUUCAGUUCUGUGCAUUAAGUUAAUGUGUAUUACCCGCGGUUUGUGAGACAUUCAAACUUGUUCGAAGAGGGUCCGAAUGCACCGAUUAUCACAUUUUUUGAUAGACAGUUAUGUAGAUCAGGAUAUUUUCUGAUUUAUUAAACAACGGUUUAUUAUUGGAAUCAGCCAGCGUGGCCUGAUAAUUGUAUUUAUUAUGAAGCAAUAAUUAAAAAUUAAAUAAAGUGUAAAUCGCAUAUCUGAAGUUAUAAUUUCAGUCAAGUACGAAUUUCACUACUAGAAAAUAGUUGAUAAUUUAUAAUUCAAAAUCUUUUCCUUCUUUGUGGAAGAAGAUUAGCGAGACACAAAACUUGGUCUUUGAUAAGAAAAGCUUAGCUGUACAGCUGUUUGCAGUCUUGCACUAGUGUACAAUAGGGUGGGACAAGAUGACAGCCUUUAAUUAGACUGCCAGAGAGUGAAAGGAAAGAUUCAUAAUUGAAAAUUUAUUUAUCGAAUGAAUUGACAAUACGUGCAAUGGGAGUGGUUCAGCACCAGUCUAGGAUAUCGGGGAAAUUCUAAAGCCCUUGAAAAAAUGAAAAAGAAGAAGGUGAAAUAUCAAAAUCGACUUUCGAAGUUAUGUGGUUACAUGUGACAUUGGGAUGAACAUAAUUGUAUUCAGAGCAUCACCUUAUAAAUAAUAUUGUUUCACUGUGUCGUUUAUCCAAUAAAGAAACUAAUACGGAGUGUAGGAUUACAAAAGGUUCCAAGUGAAAAUUUUAUGAAGUGCAGUUGUAAAAUAUGAAUUCAUACAGUAACAACAAAAACCAUAUAAAACGUCCAGUUAAUAAGAAAGAAACAUCAAGGAAGUCAAAAGGGCAGUUAUCGACAGAAUACUUGUUUGAUGAUAUUUCCAGUGAGAGUUCAAUUGGUGGAAGACGAUUUUUGAAAAAUCCACAGAUACAUAAUCGUGAAAGUGUUGCCCGAAACUUGUCUCCUGGUACAACAGAAGAUGAAAAUACCGAAGACCUGCUGACUCCAUUUAACGCAAGGAAAACCCCAAUUAGCUUAAGCCAACAUUCCACAGAAAGGACAAGUGGUAACAAGAGGUCGACAAGUUCAAAUGUUGCAAAGUCAAAGGUGUUUGAUAGGGAUUUGGUGGAUGACAACCUGUCGAGUGAAAUGUUAGUUAUACAAGAAAAUGGUGAAAAUGAUUUAAACAGAAUUUCAGUUAUGACCCUCAAUAAUGAAGAUUCACUGGUUGAUUUAACAAAGGAUGUGAGAAAUGAAAGCAAAAUGAGUUUUCUUGAUGAUCAGUUGAUAUUAUCAGUAGAUGAAUUAAUGAAUGAAAAUAGUAUGACUUGUGCAAGUUAUCGAUCUUCAGGUAGAAAUGAAAAAUCAUACAGUGAAAAUCGCGUUUUAGAUGAAAAAUCCCUAUCAGAAAUUGAGGAAGCUAUUGAUUAUGAAAAGUCCCAAUCCCAAUAUAAUACAAGCAAUACAUCUAUACAAAGAUCUGCAAAAACACCCGAAGUAUCAACUCAUAAAUCUCAAGUCAGAUCGAUCAGAGGACAGUGUAUUUCAGAUGAAACUUCUCAUCAUUUUGAAGAUAGUGAGGAUAAUGAUUCAACGGAAGACUAUUCUGAUGAUUUUGAGAACGAACAAGAAACAGUCCAUUCAAAUAAAGAAGACAAUAAAUAUGCCUUAUCACCAUCUUUAUCAUUAGGAAAAAGAGAGGAAAAAACCCGUCCAGCUGAUCAGAAACUUCGUCACACAGGGUCAAAGAGUAUAUGCAGUAAAGCAGGCGAAGUCAAAGUUUGUUUCAAACCGAAAUCAGAAAAUUCGAUCGAGUCUCCUUUAAAAACUGAUGUUGAAGUUCAAACCCUGUGGUCAGGGGAUUUCCCACGAAUACACAGUGUACCACAGAUAUUGCCGAUGAAUAGAUAUGAAAAUAUUAUUCCCCCUCCUACGAAUAAUACAUUAAAAAUUCAAAGUAUAACAUCGUCACUGAUAAAUUAUAAGAUAUUGGAGAAGAUGACAAACUAUAAUCCUUGCUUGACUGCAUUGGACAAUGUGUUGAAGCAGCAAAUAAAUCUGACCAGAGAAUUUAUAACAACUCAAAGAAAUCUCCACGACACAAUCAGUAAAGCGAUAAGCCAGUGUGUUACAAACGAUUAUGCUCAACAAGAUGGAACAAUACAAAUUAUGCUGAAAAAUUACACGAGAAAAUAA